AUGGAGGUGGAGGAGGAGGGGAGACGCUCUCCACACAAUCGUGGGGAUCCGUGUGUUCCCGAGAGCUUCUUUGAUAGCGUAACGCAAGGGUUACGCGGCGAUUUCGAACAUGAGCGGGACAGGCGUCUCCAAAUGGCGGACACUGUCUUGAAGCAUCCAGCUGAGUUUGCCUUUGCUCAGCUUGAGAACGAGAGAUCUCUGACACCUCUUCGUGACGAGUUAAGGGUAGCUCGUGUGGAUAUAGACCGGUCUUGGGCUGAGAUAACUGCUCUUCAGACCCUUGUCGAUGUCCACCAUCGGGAGCACAAGGCCCUCUGCAAGACGCUUGAGCGCAAGGGCGUUUUUCAUCGGAAGAAGCAGCGUACUGAUGGUACGGCUUAA